AUGAAACCAAUCCUCGAAAGGUUCCUACAAAUACCACUGCACUGCUUUUUAGGCAGCAUAUCCAGCAACAAGGACAACGACUGCUGUCCCAGUUCACACAGAUGCACCGAUCUGCUAAGCAAUAUAGCCCCAUCUAUCUUCUACAAAGAUACUCUCGCCCGCUUCUAUGACCCGCGGUAUGAGCCAGCCUUCUCUAACCCUAAAAUCCUGCACCCAGACCAUGAAGCGGUGACAGCAAAUCCUGCUCCUGGUGACGGAGAGUUCAGGCCUGUUUCUCCAGGCUUGACUUCAUACUCGGAUGUAAAGUCAGAAAGAGUAACGGGUAUCGCCUAUGAUGACUACCUGACCUUCCUCGAUAAUGGUGCUAGUGGCAGCGGUAUUAGCAGACGGGAGAGCGAGCUGCGUGCGUUCGCGCGAUAUAAGGAGCGUUACCACGAAUAUUUGCAUGAAAUUGCAUCGGUGAAGGUUGGAAAGAGGAGAAGAUGA